CGUGUAUUACUAGCAUGUAUUCUAAAAUAUAACAAUUGCAAAACCCUCCAUGGAAGGAUGCCUGUAUUUACCCUGUUUGUUGUUGCUUGUUAUGUUUUGUUUGUAAACAGCUAUGGAAUUCAAUCAAUCAACUCACAAUGCCAAGCGAGGACUAAAGACGUAACUCAGGACAAGGAAGUAGGUUUAACAGAAAUAGCUGGGAUUCAGAUGCCACAAAACUACGUAAUCAGUCUGAUAGCAAAGUUAACCGAACCGAAGACCAAUCUACAGGAAACCAGCGUUCUAGUCAAAUCCCGAGCUAUAAAUCGUUUGGAUAGCGAAUUGGCUUCCGUCAGUGAGAUGCUAACUAGUGCCUUGGAACAGGCCGGAAACGAUCUAUAUGAUUUGGAUACUCCAAGAAAUACUCUAGAAGUUAUGGUGCUCAAAGUACGGAACAUGAAAUUGGAAAAAUGUGAUGAAGAUCCAGACGUCUUUGAAAGGAAGGUUACCAGCUUGUCAAACGAUAUCGUCAGCGUUAAAGGUACAAUUACUGAAAUCGUCUCGAAACUUCAUAUGACGAAGAAAUGCCAAGCCACGGAUACAGCGGAUGAUGAGCAACAUGAGAGGCCGUCUUGACUUAACAAACGCCAAGGGGAGACUCAGCGGAUACAUCGUCUCUGACUCUCACACUAGCAGUUAAAUAUAAAAAUGGUAUUAUUAUUA